CUGCGGCCUGCUGCGGCGCUGACGAGCCUCCUCUGACUGCGGAGGAUGAGCUCAGCUGACUGUCUGUUAUUAUGUCGGCGAGCGGGCGCCGCCAACACCCCAAACACAGUGCGGCAGAGAGAAAAGAAACCAGGAGGCGAGAGGAGGCCCAGCAUCAUUACCGUGUCUAAUGAAUGAGUGCGCAGGAGGAGCCAUGAGUCACGACUGAGGUCUGCAGGAUGUCUUUCAAGAAGGAAACACCCCUGGCUAAUGCCGUGUUUUGGGCAGCGAGGAAGGGGAACCUGGCCCUGCUUCAGCUGCUGCUCAACAGCGGGCGCGUGGACGCAGACUGCAGAGACAGUUAUGGGACGACAGCGCUGAUGGUGGCAUCGUACAGCGGCCACUAUGACUGUGUCAAAGACCUGAUCAUGCAGGGAGCCGACAUCAACUACCAGAGAGAGACAGGUUCCACUGCCUUGUUCUUCGCCUCCCAGCAGGGUCAUAAUGACGUUGUGAAACUCCUCUUUGAAUUCGGAGCCUCCACUGAAUUCCGGACAAAGGACGGCGGCACCGCCCUCACCGUCGCCUCUCAGUACGGACACACAAAGGUGGUGGACACCCUGUUGAAGAAUGGAGCCAAUGUUCACGACCAGCUGAACGACGGUGCCACCGCUCUGUUUCUUGCUGCCCAGGAGGGUCAUGUGACUGUGAUCCGUCAGCUGCUGUCCUCCGGUGCCAAAGUCAACCAGUCGAGGGAGGAUGGCACUGCCCCCCUGUGGAUGGCAGCUCAGAUGGGUCACAGUGAGGUGGUGAAGGUGCUGCUCCUGCGUGGGGCCGAUCGGGACGCUGACAGACAAGAUGGAUCCACAGCGUUAUUCAAAGCCGCUUUUAAAGGACACAACAGUGUCAUCGAGGAACUCCUCAAGUUUUCUCCUUCUCUCGGCCUUCUCAAGAUCAAACAAACAAGAUACAGCUUCAAAGUUGUAGCAUACAGACAUGAGAGUGAAUGGCUCCUCUCCCCUUCAUGCUGCUGUUAUGGGUGGAAAUAUUCGAACAGUUCUGCUGCUGCUUGAAGCCAACGCAGACCCCACGCUACCAAACAAGAAUAAUGAACUCCCUGCAGAUCUAACAAAGAGCGAUCGCAUCCUAAAUGUUUUACGUCCAAAAAUCUUGAACGGAGACAGCUGAUGACCGUCCCAUCGGCCUCCCGCCUUCAUGUCUGUCUGUACCUUACUGAUGAUGUAUACUGCGGAGCAAAAGAAAACACAGUGUCAAAUCUACUCAUCUACAAUAUGUACUGUACAUGGUGCUUGCUUUUGAUUGCGGCUGAAGAGAAGCUGUCAUAUGUUGAAUAAAACCUGGACUUACUCCAGAGCAGCACAGAGUGCAAACCACAGUCCAUCCAUCUGCCAUGUGCAUCAUCUCCGUUACUCUGUAGUUCCACAGUAUAUGCAUUUAUUUUUGUUUACCCCGGGUGUUGUAAGAUUUCUAUAUAUUUUGCACACAUUUUAUUUGCCUUUUUAAUAGAUGUAAUAAAGUGUAGAUUUGUUAUUCAAUACAAGUGGCAGCGUGAACGUUUG